AGUCCGAGCUUGUAAAAUUUGUGCAAUAAUUUUGUUCGUGUCCUCGUAGAUAACUAAAAAAAUGUUAGAAUUCCUGAAAAUAAACGACAAGCACUACAUUGUCCAGAUUCGGAAGGUGGACGAUCAGCCGGUGGAUAAAAGGGGCGAUUGCUGCACUACAGUGCAGUGUAACUUGUUCGAUUUGGCUCGGCUUUGGUGCGAAACGAUAUCCGUUGAGGACCUGAUCGAACGGGAAAAGAAAUCCGAUGCCAUCAUCCAAUAUACACCGGAAAUCGUAAACGAGACCAUCCUGGCCCGUAAGGCAGACGAUUUCAGCAUAAGCCAAGGAUGCGAAGAUUCCAUCUGCGGAGAUCUCUUUCUCCGACUGAAGUACUACGUGCAAAGCUAUCCCGUCACGUUCACCCUGCGGUUAAAAGUCGCUUCCACCGAAGAGCUUGCAGAAAAUGUUCUACUUCCAACGUGGCGAACGCUGCUGCUACUGUAUGAGGAAAAUUGCUCCCUCAAGGACAUUAUCAUCAAGAAGGAUAUCGAAAUCGAACAGUACAAGGUCGAAGGAGCUGUCCUCAAAAGAAGUCUGGUAGCGACGAACAAAUUCGAUGAAUGCAAGUUUGCCGAAAACUUCCCGCUGUCUGCUGCCGAAGAGGGCUUGAGAAUACGAGAGCUGAUCAAAAGCAAGGACCGACGGGGGAAUCUUAUGAAACAAUUGAAAAUCAAGUCCAAGGAUCCAUCAACCGAAUCGGGAAGCCCCAUCAAGAAUGCGACAGUUGGUAAGGCCGUGCUGACACCGACCAGGAAGAGUCCCGGCGGUCGAGCCAAGGGACUGGAUGCGAUCUACGCGAAGCAGAGGAUACCGAAGCCCAUUUCAGUGUCUUCUCUAUCGCUGAAGCGUCUUCAAGUGGAUCAAGGCGAUGAAGAAGAUAAGGAAGGAAUUCUGGACGAAAGCCAAACCAGCAUCAACAAAAGCGAUUUGAGCAACACAUCAGGGAUGGUGAAAGUCAGAAAAAUUACUAAGUUAUAGGAAAGUUGCGUGUGUUUUUUAAAGUGUGUUUUAAUCAGUCAUUUUUUACGAAAUAAAUUAUAGUAUAUUUUAUUCAUAU